AUGUCCACAACCACCAAAACAGCCCUCCUCCUCACCCUCCUCACCUCCAUCGGCGGCAUAACCGGCUACCUGCGCGCGCGCUCCCUCCCCUCCCUGAUCGCCGGCCUCUCCGUCUCCUUCCUCUACCUCCUCUCGUACCUCCGUCUGCGCGCGAACCAGCCCUACGGUGCAGAGAUCGGUCUCUUGGCUUCCCUUGUCCUGGGCGGUGCGUCGAUCCCCAGAGCCAUUAAGACGGGGAAGGGCGUGCCCAUGGGUCUGGGGGUUUUGGCGGUUGUCGGGGCGGUGGUUUUUGGGAAUGCGGUUGUUAAUCAUUAG